GCUUGCUUUUAUUAUCGUUUAAUCGUUGCUUCGGCAGACCCUCUGUAAAUAAUGCGUGCAGAUAGCGCCAGUGCCGCUAAUUUGGCAUUGGAACAAAUAAUUAAUCAUUUCAUUUAAAUGCGAGCCCUGAAUAUUCAAACCCGUAAAUGUCAUAUCUCUCCGGGGAACCGUGCAGUCAUCGACUCUUAUUCGUUGUGUCAAAUCUGUUUAGAGUCUGUGAUGUGUACAUACGUAUGUACAUGCGAUACAUGCAUGCGAUACAUAAUCUGUAAUGCAUAUGCGCGUACGCACGUCUCCGAAGUGAAUUUAAUGAAGCUGUAAAUAUCUAUUGUGAGGAAAUUGUUAAAAAAUAAAUACAACAAAAUCAAAAUCAGAAACAUCUAUUAUUAGCUUACGCUUCGUCGUGUGUUGUUCGGUUUGUUCAAAACGCUUAAAAAUACAUAUUGUUGCCAACUGCUCGUUGGUGAUAUUUCACGUUUUUCCAAUAAAACGUCCGGUCAGAGGAAAUACAAAAAACAGAACGCAAUAAACCAGUGAAUACAAUGUUUUUUCGCCCUCAUCUCGUUCGCGAACGCGCGUUGUGAACGUAAAUACGCUUUUUAUAAAAUUUAAUAUUGUGUACGAAUAAGUGUGUCAUGUUCAGACCUUCGUGUCGUUAAUUAUCCAGCGUUUUGUAAUAAAUGCAAUAUAACUGUACUCCGCGGUCAAACAGUCGGCGAUACCGACCGAAGUAUCCGGGUUUUAAUUCUUCGCCGACGACUUGCAGGGGAGCUUCAAGUUUUGUGCCGAAAAUUGUGCUUCAAACUUCAAACUACAAACUUGUAUACACACUUCACGGAGUUCUCUGACGACUGUACAUAGUUUACACAUACUGAAUGUAUAAAAAUUUGACAACUCGUUGUCAUCUGAAGAUCCGGCUUCAACGGCAAAACGUCAAACGUCGGAUGAUAAAUCUAUCCGCGUCAUAUAAUGCAGAGGCGGUAAAGCGGUAGAAAAAAAAACCUUAUAAAACACCGAACCGUACGGUUCACGGAGAGACGUUGCUGUUGAAAUCGAUAAAAAGGAAGGUUCAAUUCUAUCAACGGGUCAGGAUACUGCAAUAAUUAACAAUUUCACGACGAGCUGUCGGCCGUUGAAAGGUUAUCAUUUUCAAAACACGCGCAAUUUAAGUUAAAAUACGACGACGACGAUGACGGUGAUGAUGAAGCUACGAACAGGGACGAAACGAACGACGAAACGUUCGGCAUGAUUACCUUGUACUUAAAUCGCUAUAAUACCAACAAUAAGUUACACGAAUGUUCGUCUGUGGUCGGAGCGCAAUGCCAGUGCAUCAAAUCAAUGUUUAUCCGCCUGAUUGGCAACCCCAACUUCCUCCUCUAGGUCCAUCCAGCAACGUCAGUCCGGGAAGCGGGGAGCCUCCUCCGGAAUGGAUACCAAGGGAACCGGCGUAUGCAACAGCCGUCACAGUUAUACGUGAUCAUUCGCAUUCUUCGAUGAGUACCUUGUCUUCAAACAGUCAUGACAUUUGCCGAAUAUGCCACUGUGAAGGUGAGAUCGGCGCUCCUCUGCUGGCACCAUGUUAUUGUAGUGGAAGUCUACGUUACGUUCACCAAGCUUGUCUUCAACAAUGGAUAAAGGCUUCCGACACACGCGCCUGUGAAUUAUGUAAAUUCACUUUUAUCAUGCAUGCCAAAACAAAACCAUUUUCAGAGUGGGAAAAACUUGAAAUGUCUGCACUGGAGGUGCGAAAAUUAUGGUGCGCUGUAGCUUUUAACGCAGUCGCAGCAUUAUGCAUUGCAUGGUCGCUGUACGUACUUGUAGAACGUUCUAUUGAGGAGGCACGGAGAGGGUCCAUGAAUUGGCCAUUCUGGACAAAAAUGAUCGUUGUUGUGAUUGGCUUUACCGGAGGCCUGGUGUUCAUGUAUAUUCAAUGUAAAGCAUACAUUAUGCUUUGCAAAAGAUGGCGGGCAUUCAACAGAGUGAUUUUCAUACAGAAUGCCCCAGAAAAAGUCGUGCUUCCACCGUCUCCUGCAGAUUCGCUCAGAGAUGUGACGAUGCCCUUAAAAGAUCCAACAGUCUCUAUGUCUGAGCAGAGUCACACUUUGUUACCGCGCACCGACCCGGCUGGUGCAUCACAAACAAUGAAAUCAGAAUCCACACCACCCCCCCAAAAGCAUGAAGCUCAACUUAAACUUUACGUAUUUGACAAGCUAUCUACAUCGGAAGACAAUUUGUAUAACAAAAGUGAUAAUUGCUAAAUAAGUGACAAUUUAUGAAUAUAUAUUUAAUCGGUACCUAAUUGUGACCCCAAGAAUAUAGUGAAAAGAACGAAUAUUCUAUCGGAAACUAGAUUUGAACAGAUCAAAGGGCUGUGUUUAUUAAUUUGGUAGUUUUGAUAGUAUAAAAUGACAAAAUUAGCUAUGUAUUUAUUAUUAUGAUUAUUAUUAUUAUUACUGUUGAAAAUACUAUACGGCGAUUUGUUGUUACUUUUUUUUAUAUAAUAUAAAAAUAUCAUGAACAAAGUUACCAUUUAAUACUGUUUAAUCUAUUCUAAAUGCACAAUGGAUACGUAGGGUGCAAACUAAUGGCAAUUUUCUGAGAAAAUUGUUACGUGUUAUUAACGUUCUUACAAGUUAUACGUGUAUGCAUAUGCGUAUGUACUUGUGAUUUUUGUCAGUGCACCUACCAUAUCGUUAUAUUAAUUAUUGCAAUCCUAAAAACCAUCGUUAACCUUACUACUUGCAAGGAGAAUGUCAGACCUCUGAAUCACAGAUUCUGCUGAAACUGAGGGAUGUAUCCUUGGCUCAAAUUAUCGAGUUACUCAUGCGUAGUUCCAGCUAUUUGGGCCCUCUUUCACUCAAUUCACAAUAAAUAAAAUUGUCGAAAAUUCGCAAUUUAUACUUCACUAUAGCUCUGAAAUAAUAAUAUAUCCGUUUACACUAGUAUCUAUAGUAUCUUGUCACUUAUAAUGGCAUUUCGCUCACCAAACUGCUAAUUUAAUUAGUUUGACCUGGUGUGAAGAGUCCUAUGUGAUGAAACUACUUAUACAGGUUUUAUAUUUUAGGCCAAAGAAUCAACCGUAGAAGUUUGAAUACAAUUCAUGAUUCAGAGGUCUGAUACUCUCCUUGUUAGUAUACAUACUUUAUACUGUAUUCUUAGUCGGAAUUUGGUACUUCAGUACUUAGAUUGACAGCGAGGUGCUCCAAAGUUCGAAGCGGAGGUCUCGAACAAAUAUGUACAUAAUUAUUGUAUCUGUGAUGUUAAUAAAUAAACUUUAAGACAUUUCAA